CUCUGGACCCAACAAUCAGGAAAUGGCCCAACGAAAAAAGGCGGAGAGGAAGACUGGUUCCAUUGGGGCUCGCUUACUGCGAUGGGGAACAAUUAUUGUAACAUCUUACUUGGUUCUCCUACUGGCGCUGGUUUCAUACCCGGAGGUGUUCCAACCCCAUCUCAUAUACUUGAAUUGGAUCCGAUAUCCGUCGGUUAAUUGGUCAGGGGACGCCCAAGAGUUUGGUUUUCGAGCUGGUACUGUGCGAAGCAUCAAGUUCUCGACACCUGACAAUGUCACUUUGGGAGCAUGGCACAUUCUCCCUCGCACAUCAGCACCUUCCGUUCUAUCGCUUACUAAAGGUGGCGCAUCACCAGUCGGUAAAGAGUCCGUAGAAGACCGUGAUGUCAGAUUUACCAAGGCACUCCAAUCUGCCGGACGAGUGUUCCUGUAUUUUCACGGAAAUGCAGGCAAUCGAGCAACUGGCCAUCGGACUGAUUUCUAUAAGAUUAUCCAAGACCUGGGGGACAACACGCAUAUCAUCGCCGUGGACUGUCGUGGAUUUGGAGACUCCGAUGGAUAUUUUGCCUCGGAAUAUGGCAUUCAGAUUGAUGCUGUCGCAUCGUUCGAUUGGAUCGUGGCACAAGGCGUGAGCCCAUCGAAAAUCGUUGUCGUUGGCCACAGCUUGGGGACGGGUAUUGCCACGUACUUGGCUCACAACAUAACUGUCUCGCGUGGUAUUCACGGAGGAGGAGGACUUUUGCUACUUGCUGGAUAUGCAUCAAUCCCGGAUGCGGCGCUUGGAUAUCCCAUGGUACCGCUGCUGUGGCCCUUCAAGCAUCACCCAUCUCUCGCAACCAAAGCUAAGAGUUUCGUAGUCGAGCGGUGGGAGUCCUCGCGCAAUAUUCGUGAUACCCACGGAUGGCCAGUGCUUCUUGUGCAUGGGAGCCGUGAUUACGAAAUACUGCCAUGGCAAGCCAGGAAUCUCUUUUUGCAGGCCGUUUCGGCGCGGAUAGGAACCGAGGCUGUCGAGCCACCAGAAGACGCGGUAACCGCCCUGGCACCUGACCAUGAAGAGGGUAGUCAUUUGGAAUAUGAAGGAUACGACAUUCGAACGUUGCCUGGUCGGGAGGCGUGGCUGUGGACUCUUCGCCCUAAUAAGGACGCCGAUGCCGUUGUCCGUGGCCCGAAAGAUAUUGGAAACGUUUGGUACCUAGAGGUGAAGCAUGGGGGGCACAACAGCUUGUCUAAAUUCCAUGUGGUACCUGACACCAUUGAAGCGUGGGCGACCAUAAACGGGUUGUAGGCUAGGAGGUAGCAAGAGGUUUGCUACUCAUUAUAUUCAUCCUCGUGUCGUAUGUAAAGUAACCAUUUACGUCCUCAUAGCAUGUAGGGCAAACUGACAACUGGUAAUCAUAUAAAGUAGAUGUUGUACAAUAUUACAAUAACGUGACUGGGCGCCUGGCCGUGGCGGACUACAUAAAAUAUAAAGCGCAUUAAUGUCCAAUUACAUACUCAACCAAGA